UAGACGCACUUCAGAAUGUCGGCGGCUCUGCGCGCACAGCUGUUCCUCUUUCUGAUCUCCCUCUCAUCAAGGACGGGGCUCAGUCGCUACAUUGAGGAAAACGAAGCUGCAGAUGGAUUGUACUCUCUGCUCAAUUUGGACCAGAAAAGAGAAUCAGAGGAUUUUAUUUUCCGCCGACCUCUCAGAUGUUUGGACAUGCUGGCCACUGAUGGCUACUUCACCUUCGUGGCGUCUCAACCACAGCUGGCUUGUGCUGCCUUCAUCAUCGCUGAGCCCAGUGAGGUCAUCAGCCUGGAGCUGUCUGACGUUAAUAUCGACUGCGGCGCCGGAGACUUCAUCAAGAUGUUUGAUGGCUGGGUCCUGAAGGGAGAGAAGUUUCCCAGCAUGCAGGACCACCAGCUCCCUCUACACCAGCGUUACACCGACUACUGCUCCUCCGCGGCACCCGGAGCCACCAGCCGCUCCUCUCAGAACGUCGCCAUGAUCUUCUUUCGCAUUCACAGCCCCGACAGUGGCUUCACCGUCUCUGUCAGAAAGCUACACAACCCCUUCCCCUGUAACAUCAUGUCUCAGAAUCCAGAGGGCAGCUUCACCAUGGUGAUGCCACACCAGCGCAGGAACUGCAGCUUCUCCAUCAUCUACCCCGUGGAGAUCCGACUGACAGAUCUGAGCCUUGGGCAGGCCAAAAGCAAUGAACUCAGCCCAAAGAGACAGGUGUGGGCGGGCUGUUCGGGGUCAGGUGACUAUGUGGAGCUGCUAGGGGGGAAUGGGGUGGACACCUCCAUGAUGUUCCCCAUGGCUGACCUCUGUUUCUCCCUCACUGGGCUUGCCCAGAUGAAGAUUGGUUGUGAUAACUCGGUGGUGAGGCUGGUGUCCAGUGGGAACUAUAUCAACCGCGUUUCCUUCCAGUACCGUCUACUGGAACAGCGUGAGCUCCCCAAGACCCGAGAGAAUGCUCUGGACAACUUCUGCUCUGUGGAAUGA